ACACAAGAGCACACACUAAUCUUGAUCAGAUUAUGAUACUCAUUCACAUUCAGACCUCCAAUUUUAAUACCCUGUUUCUUGGUUCUAGCUACCCGGAUUGAUAUCUCCAAACCCUGUGUCUGCUACUCACCUUUGUUCUUCUUGUGUUCUUCCUGUUUUAAGCAAAAACAAAAGGAGGCUUCUCAAAUCAAUCAUAUUUGGGCAUUUGAUUGGAUGGAGAACUUGGAAAAUGUUUUUCUUCCAUACCCAAAAGUGAAAAGGGAAUCUGCUUUCCUUUUACUGCAUUCAUGAGCUGUUUCAUAGCUAAUCUCAUUGUUUCUUCUCCACUUUAUACUCUCAAAGCUUCACUUUCUUGUGUUAGCCCCCCAAAUAUAUAUAUAUAUUUUUUGCUUCCCUUUCCUUUUUGCAUUUGAACGCAGCGGAACAGAGCAAGCUUCUUCUACACCUUCAUGGGGAUGCUGCUUUUACUUUAACGCCUUAUAAAGCUGCAAACCCUACUACAUUUUGUUCUUUGUUUACACUCGCAAGAUAUCACCCUCCCCCCCAACUCUGGUCAAAACCGCCUUUCCUCUUUCAUUUUUUUUUUUUAAGGUUUUGUUUUCCCCUCUUUGGAAGUAAGGUUAGCUCGUGAAAUGGGUGAUCUCGAAAACGACGAAAUGGGUUUUCGAAAUUCAAACGAGGGGUUACGGAAUUGUUCAUCUUCCGACAAAAUUCCAGGAACAAUGGCGAUGGGGUCUUUCUUUGGGUCUGGUUGGGAUCCAAUGGUUUCUUCCCAUGGCGAAUUUUCAAAUUCUUUUCCUGUUGUCUUGGAGAGCCAUGGAGGGAGUGGGACGACACAGGGUGUUCAUUAUCCGACAGAUUUGGGGUUUGGCAAUGGGAAUUAUUCCGACAUGUUUGGUUCUUUUGGUGUUGCCGGGCAGAUUCUUGGUGGGUGUUCUUCCAAUUACAGAAAUGGAGGAACCACGGAGAAGUUAUUACCACUAUCAGGUGAAGAAACUGCUGCAGGAUCACCAAAUGGUAAACUCAGAAAACGAGCCCUUGACUCCACUUUCCCAUUUAGCCAACCAAACAAGAAAUCUGAAGUGAAAUUGAAGAAGGAUGUUUCUGGAGACAGUUCCAGUACACAGGAAGAGAAGAACGCAGAAAUGGAGCAGAAUUUAGGUGGUAAGGCAACUGGAAAACAAGCUAAAGAGAAGAACAAUGAUAGCACAGAAGCUCCCAAGGAGAAUUACAUUCAUGUGCGAGCUAGAAGAGGGCAAGCCACAAACAGCCAUAGCCUUGCUGAGAGGGUGAGGAGGGAGAAGAUUAGUGAGCGGAUGAGAUUGCUUCAAGAGCUUGUUCCUGGAUGCAAUAAGAUUACUGGAAAGGCUGUUAUGCUUGAUGAGAUUAUCAACUAUGUUCAGUCACUGCAACAGCAGGUUGAGUUUUUGUCAAUGAAACUUGCUACUGUCAACCCAGACGUGAACGUCGAUAUCGAAAGGAUUUUAUCCAAUGAUAUUUUCCACGCACGAGGCAGCAUCGGAACUGUUCUUGGAUAUGAUCCCGGGUUGAGCGCGGUUUCCCCGGUCCCUCCUCACCGAAUAUUUCAGCUCCAGGGGACGAUGUCAAAUAUGCCAACCAACACCACAUUCACACAGUUUCCUCCUUUGCCUCAGGUAGCUAACUUGACCGUGUUAGAAAGCGAUAUUCAAAGUCUUCUUCAAAUGGGAUUCGACUCGAGUUCGGGCACUCACAAUUUGGAACCAAAUGGGCGGUUUAAACCAGAGCGCUAACUUCUUGCAAAGGGCGGUUGAGAUGUUUUCUAGUUGACAGAGAAAAAAAAAAAGCAUUAAAAUCUGUAUAGGAUUCAGUUUCUAACUAUUGUUCUUCGAAUUUUAGCAGAAGAAGAUGAUUAAUAGCGCAGCAGAUAAGGAAUGUAAAUUUAGAUUUUGUGGGCGAGGCUGAUUACAAUUGGUUUGAAUUUCAUCCUUGUAUGACCAACAAAGCAGAAGCUUGUUUUUUGCCUUAAUUAUAUCAUAUUUUCAAUUCAAACAUCCAUUUUAUUAA